AUGCCCAUAUUAGGAAAACAGGCAGAGGGCAGGACUAACGCCGAAAAGGCAAACAUUUUGGCCAACCACUUCAAAAACACAAGCAGCAACGAUAAUUGUACAAAAACAUUCCUAGAAAACAAAAAACAAAAAUCCCCGGAUAUCAUUGCUGCUAUCUCCGACCCUGGAUCCAACACCUCUGAUCUCAACAUCCCGUUCACAUUAACCGAAUACCGUAGGGCCCUUAAACAAAAAAAGAGCACGUCGCCAGGAAACACUUGGGGUACCAAUAAAAAACAUUUACUCAAAUUAUACAGGGUACUCAUUAGAUCAAUAAUAGACUACGGUUCCCAGGUAUACGACUCAGCCUCAGACAACGCCCUACACGCACUAGAAAGAAUACAAUACAAAGCACUUAGGGUAGCUCUAGGUGCAACCAAAAAUACACCUACCGUCAGCCUCUUAGCGGAGGCUGGCGAACAACCACUACAAUUACGACGCAAUACACUCACCCUCAAAUACUGGGCUAGGACACAAGGACAUGGCACACAAUUUCCACCCAACAAGCUAAUAACACAGGCAAAACACACAACAUUCAAGAAAACAAAACAACACAAACCCCCAUACAAUCACAAAAUACACUCUCUCCUAUCAGAACAUAACUUAAACAACAUUAAAAUAACACAAUUUCACACAAAUCCAACUCCGCCCUGGAAACUAGUAGCACCCAAAACAAGUACAGACAUCCUACAUAGUACGGACAAAAAAGAGAAUCCUAUCGCUGCAAAAAAUAUAGCACUGUCCAUUAUACACGACAAAUACAAGAACCGCAUUCAAAUAUACACUGAUGGAUCAAAAAACCAAACAACAGAUAGAGUAGGUCUAGGUAUUUACGCACCCGAACUAGGUAUAGAACUUUCCAUCAGAGUAACGGACAAGUGCUCAGUAUAUACAAGCGAACUUAUAGCGAUAGGAUUAGCACUUAGGAUUGUAGAUGAAACAAAACCUCCGGGCGGAGCAGUCAUACUAACAGACAGUCUAUCAUCAUUACAAUCGAUAGAAUCCGGCCACAGCACUAGAAUAACGGAAAUACAUUCCAUCACAAACACACUGCAAUCCCUACAUACACAGAACAUACAUACAACCAUUGAAUACAUACCAGCUCACGUGGACAUCCCAGGGAACGAUAUGGCCGACUCCCUCGCCAAAAAGGCACUAGACAACCAAACGAUCUUAUGCAACACCACUUAUUCUAAAGAGGAAGUCUACUCAAUGAUAAAAAAAUCAGUAGACAAAUCCUGGGCUGAUACCUGGCUCCAAGUUGGACGAUAA